GUUACAGAUAGCCGAUAGGUUUAAAGUACGCGACGUCUUCUUCUAAUCGCUCAUAUAUACAUUAAUACGAUUGGACGUUCGGGGUAGCUAUCUAUGGAUUUUGUUCCAUUUUUUAUUUUCUUUGUGCUUUUGACGACGAUUCUUUUUAUACGCAAUAGUGCCGAAGGAAGGAAUGAUCCAAAAAUCUUCACCAAAGAUGGAAGUCUCCACAUUCGUUCAGGAGACGAUGGAAAUAUCGUGUUUGAACAUCCAAAUCCAGGAGGAAAAGUUAUCGUCGCCGGACAAGAACUGAAUGUUUUAAAAGCCAAAGGGGAGAAAGGAGAGAAAGGACCUCCAGGGACUAAUGGAACCUCAGGAGUAAAAGGAGAAAUUGGGGCAAAAGGAGAAAUGGGGGAUAAGGGUGAUAAAGGGGAAAGAGGAGAGGGGUGUUCUUCGGGAUGCAAUGGAACCGCAGGCGUAAAAGGAAAACAGGGCCCACCUGGCCCACCAGGAGCUAUUGGGCGUGAGGGGAGAAACGGUUCUGAUGGUAUAACUGGCCCGAAAGGAGAGCGUGGUUUUCAAGGAGAAAAGGGAGCUCAGGGUUUGCCUGGACUCAAUGGAACUGUUGGGGAAAAGGGUGUCAAUGGAACGCAAGGAGCUCCUGGAGUUAAAGGAGAGAAAGGUGCUAAGUCUGACACACCAGAGAUAUUUCGUGUAGGAAAGGAAACUUUACAAUGUAACCGCUCAACUUUUGGUGUUCUGCGAUAUUCUUCACGAAGACUUCAGCUAUGCACGACUGAAGGAUGGCAAUCUUUUUCUUACGAGCCUCCUUUAGGUUGCGGCAACCAAGGCGUGAAAAACGUACCAGAAACAAACUACAAAGCUUUUCUUAAUGCAGACCGUGGUAUAUUGUUUCAAUUCAACGGAAAUAGUGUUCCAAAUGUCCGAGGCAAUUUCAAUAUUACAGCAGAUAUUUCACCGGAUAAUUUCAACCUAACGUACAAAGAGGCUGUAAUGAGACAAGCCGCGCUGUUUCCUGGGAACGGAAACCGUUUGAAUGUUUCUGGUAUCUCUGAUGAUUUCUGGAGGAAUAGCAACUGGUCAGUCAUGGCUUUACUAAGGUACAAAAAUAUUUAUGAGAAGUUUGUCAGGGUGCUGGGUCAUGGUUCAACAUCUGACAACAAAGGGUUGCACUUGGGCAUUGCAGUCAGCGACGAUGCCGGAAAUAAAAAGACUGUGAUUCAUGGCUAUUAUAGCAACGAUAUCACAUUUGGAACAGUAGAAGAAGAAAAAUGGUAUCAUAUUACUUGGACUUCUCAGAAGGAUCAAAGUGGGCAAGAAAAACGGUGUAUAUAUAUAAAUGGCGACGAACACAAGUGCGAAGAAGGGAAACGAAGUUACCAAGGCAGUGGUGUGACGACAGUGGGGGCUUGGUGGGAUGAGAACUAUGCAGAUGAUUUACUUUUGGACAAUCUUAUUAUAAUAUCUGGCGUCGUGCAGUACAAUGUAGUGACGAAUGACGAAAAACAAAUCUGUUUUGCUCAAAAAUUGGAUGAGAAAUUACCGUAAAACUGCUUGGUGCCACCUUAUUGCUAUAGAAGUACUACCAUGUCUAUUUUAUUUAAAAUCGUUAGAAAUGGUCCAAUAAUAUCACUUAAGAUAACGUACAAUAUUUGCUUGUAGUGGAUGAUUUUUAUUGUGGUAUAACAGAUCUAGAUUAUUUUAACUUUAUAUCCAUAAAAGAAAAUCCAGCCUCGACAAUGUCGUGCAUAUAUACCAUAUUGCGUUUACUGAUUUAAAUUUAUAUACAGUAAUAUAC